AUGAAAAGAAAUUACAAAAUUUAUCAGAUGAGCUUUCUCGAAACAAAAGAGAACUACAAAGAGCUGAACAAAGAUGAAUACGAUAGAAGAUUCCACAAAGCGGUAUGUUUGAGAAUUACACAUUCACCUUGGAAACCGUGCUUGCGAUUACUAACAACAAUAUUAUAUUCAAAUAGAGAUGCAUUUUUAGGAUUAGCAGAUUGUGAAGUAGAAAUUGAAACAAUUGAUAAUGAUGUUGAAAGAUUUAAAUUAAACAAAUUAAAGCCAUUCUACGAGAAGCGUGAUAAGUAUAUCGAUAAUAUUGAUGAUUUUUGGAAAGUAGUACUCUCACAGAAUACAGAUUUUGCCAAUUAUAUAAGAGCAUCUGAUUUUAAAUAUGUGGAUAAUAUUACAAAAGUGGUAGUAAAAUGGUUGAUUUGGGAUGAGAAUAGUAAUGCUGACAUUAAUGUUAGAGACUUUUCCAUAACUUUCCAUUUCAAAGGUAUUGAACAUGAUUUCCCAGAACAAAGCAUCACAAAGGUAUUCAAAAUGACAAAAAUGCAAAGUAAUAAGGAUUUUGAUGACGAUGAUGAAGCUGGUGAGGAUAACGAAACGAUAGGUGUUGAGGAAGUAUUGACUAGUGAGCCUGUGGAUAUUGAAUGGCCCCAAAGUUAUGAGUCCAUUAAUCCAUCUUUGAUAGAAGAUAAGCGUAGUCCUCAAGGAAAGAAGAAUUAUCGCCAAGGUAUGAAAUCCUUUUUUGGAUGGUUCAAGUGGACCGGUAAGAAACCUGGGAAGGAAUUUCCACACGGUGAAGAUUUAGCCAGUUUGUUAUGCGAUGACAUAUAUCCAUACUGUGUCAAGUAUUACACUGAAGCCCAGAGAGACUUGGAAGAUGAAUAUAGUGACUCGGAGGACGAUAACAGUGAUGAGGAGCCUCUCGACUUACCAAAGCCAGAAGGUGAGGAUGAAGAUGGUGAGUCUGACAAACUUGCCAGCAAAAAGAGACGUGUUUAA